GAUAGAAAUAUCUUCUGGUGACGGUGGAGUGGAUAUUCAAGGACUUUUUAAAAAUUAUAUUAUUGUUGUGCAAUGUAAAAAUUAUAAAGGGACUGUUGGUGUUGAGGCAUUACGUUCUUUACAAGCG